CCCCAACGAAUUACGGAUGUUCUGAGGGAAAAAGGGGGGGGAUGCAACUCAAUAUUAGGAAGGUGUUCCUAAUGUUUGGUAUACUCAGUGUAAAUUCACAAUACAUUUCUUUGACUUGAAUUCAACAGUUUGAAUACAACAGUGUCAGCAUUAUUCUAUUAUUACGCAUGACCCAAAUUAUUUCGAGGUCUCUAAAGUGCAUCUAACCUAAACCUGUCGACAUUGAUACCCUGCGCCAAUAGUUUCUCUCCAACGAAACCGAAAGAAACUGAAAAUGUGAUUGAUCGCGGAAGUUUUUCUCGACUUGAUGGGACUGGAGUUUGGUGAAAUCCUAAGCCCAGCGCCAGCAACCCAUGACGGAGAGGGAAACUAAAGACGCCAACGGGAAUUCAGCAAUGUUGGUAACCACGCAUCUUCGGGAAAACCACGGCACAUCCUGGGUCCGCUUGCCAACGCGUUGACUUUUUACAUUAAACCGUAUUUAAACAACCACAUAGGCGACUUACCGUUUGGAUACAAUGUACGCAGCCCUACCAUGAAUAACUCCCACCGCUCUUGCUGGCUCCCGAGGACAGGGAUUUGCUCGUCUGAAGAACAUCUUAUAGAAAAUGAUAAAUGUGUGUGAACGGGCCUGUGCUCCGUAGCGUCUUGGUGUUUCUGCUGUUGGGUGUCUCCUACACUAAGCGCAGGUGCAACUAUUCGGAGAUACUCGGCUCAUACAGAGAACUCAUCUUCGUUGAACUUCAGAAUUUGAAUCUGACUGGCAAUUUUGACACAUCCAAAGAGAGGGACCGUUGUCCCUCAGGAAAGGUGCAGCACGUUUUGCGCUCCAUCCAUGGUAUGACUCAGCAGUUCCUGUGCCAGGGCCGCAGGCAGGGCAUUAGACAACAGGGGGGCAUGGAGAAGCCAGUGGAGAUGAUGGAACAGCUGAUCAGACAGAACUGCAAACACACUGACCUGGUGAGAAGACAGAAGAGAGCUGCCCCGUGUGUGACUUCCCAGAGAACGAAGGGAAAGAAGAAGAAGAGGAUAAGACUCAUCAGAGCACUGAUAGACUGUUGGCAGAAGCUGCAGAGUGUGUACUUGCCCACAAAAUGAAUGGGAAAUACUAUGUUUUUCAUUUUCCCAAUUGUUUAAAAAAGAGCCUGUAUGGAUUGUGUUUAAUUUGGUUCUCAUUUUGUAUAGUAGAACCACAUUUGUAUGUCAGGGAUGGUGCUCUCUGUUUAUGGCCUUUCUUCUUAUACUGUAGUUCCUCAUCUAUAAACUACAGCGCACAAUAGAUCAUCUGAAUUAAAGGUAGACUCAGCGAUAUGACGUAGAUGCAGAAAGUAAACAGCGUGAAGCAAACCCGUGCACAUGGACAGAUACUGUGUCUGACAGCGUGAGAGCGAAAUGCUGCAUCUCUCAUCUCAAUAUCUCCGGUGUUGCUCGAGGCGAUGACAUUUUGCUGACUCUACCUUUAAUAAUGGUUGUUAGAGGAUGGUAUACAAUGCAAUUAAAAUAUUUACUUGUAAUAGUUUGUGCACACACAUAAAAAAUAUAUUAUCUCAUAAUCCAGAGAUUGCGAUCCUUUUUCUUAAACAUAUUUGGUGCUGUUCUAUAAAAUUAAUCAGUUAUUCAAGCUGCCCACAGCUAAUAAAGGUUUCUCAAACUGCA